CUCCAACAAGUGCCAAACAGAUGGCCCCAGAGAAAACCAAACCAAAUCAAAAUCACACGCAGCUUCCCCUUGCAACACUGCAUGUUCCGAGUUCAUGACCUUGUCUCUUGCUUGUCUGAUAUGAUUGCUCCACUUGAAUUGAAUCAUCUCCUCUUUGCCUGACCUAUAAAUCCAUCAGCUUAGCGCCCAGCACUUCACCAUUCCAUCGGCAAGGCAAGCACCACACCUGGUAGCUGAACACCACCUGAUACGAACAGAAGUUCUCUGAAUUUUCAGCCAAAAAAGUAGGAGCAACCAUGGUCAGUGCCAAGAGACUCGUUCAAAUGGCAAAGAAGUGGCAGAGGAUGGCUGCCCUGGCGAGGAAGAGGCUCACGUCGGCGCCGGGGAAACAAGCCGAAGGUUCGUGCGGCGCAUCAACGUCGUCGGUGGCAGGCAAGGGCCACUGCGUCGUGUACUCCUCCGACGGGAGGCGGUUCGAGGUCCCGCUGGCGUACCUCGGCACGGCGGUCUUCGGCGAGCUGCUGAGCAUGGCGCAGGAGGAGUUUGGGUUCGCCGGCGACGAUGGCAGGAUCUCGCUGCCUUGCGACGCCGCGGUGGUGCAGUACGCGAUGUGUUUGCUUAGAAGAGACGCCUCCGAAGAGGUUAUGAGGGCGUUCUUGAGCUCCAUGGUCAGGCCUUGCCACCAGAGUGUCAGCGGCGUGGCGCCGUCGAUGGGACUCAUGCGCCCGUCAGCUGUUUGUGUAUAG